AUUAUAAAUUAAAACUCUAGUUCAAUAAUACUUUACCAAUAUUCUAUAACGUUUAUUCUCGUUGCGUUUAUUAAUUAGUUAAAUAUAUAAAUGUAUCUUGUUCUUUUAUAGUUUUCCAAAAGUGAAGACUGAAAAUAAUGGAAAACGCAUCUAGCUCAUUAGUUUGUAGUUCUGAUGUUGCGGCGUUUGUUGAUGCAUUAGAGACUUUGAAUUGCAACGAAACUGUUGGCGCAUAUGGUGAAAAUAUUGUAAUUUGCAUUGCUGACCAGGAUGGCUCUAUCAUCCCAACUCACGCGUCUGUGCAGGAAACAGACACCACAGUCACCGACAUAGAAGAUGCUUGUGCGGAUACCGGUGGCCAGUUCUUUAACCCUGACACGCGCAAGCUCAAGGCCAUCAUGCAGCAGCUCGUGGCUCAGAACAAAGCCACCAUCGUCAACAAGACUUCGUUGCAUAACUCGAAAGGAAACAAACAGUUUAAAAGCGAUGUCUGGAAUUGGUUUGGAGAUGUGAGGUUGUUCAUUACUGAGAAUGAUGCGGAAAGGCUGAAGAUACCCUAUUACAUAAGAGUAAAUGGAGAUGAGCAACAGAUGAUAUGCAAAGUAUUUGUGGGUUGUUUUCGAUGCUCUGCAUUAUUUAUGUACGAUUCUCAGCACCAUUCAACUUCCACACUUCGUUAUCACGUCAGGGCUUGCACGAGACCCAAAGAAUGUAUUUUCAUAUCUGAUGAUAAGAUGGAUGAUGAGAAUCAACCCGUACCUGAAAAUAAAACUAUCAUAGUCUCACAAGAUGGAACCACAGCUAAGGUGAAGCGUUUUAGAACUGAUCCUCGCAAACAGAAAGAAGUUAUUGAACAGCUCUUCCAAAAACAGAAAGCGAUAAUCACCAGGAAAUCUUUCAUGAACAUGAAGGGUAACAGACGGUUCAAAAGUGAUGUUUGGAAUUGGUUUGGAGACAUCAGGCUCCUGAUAAGUCGCAGUGAGGCAAAAAAGUUAAAAAUUCCCUAUUACAUUAGAAGAUGUGGUGAUGAGCAGAUGGUAUUAUCAAAAGUUUUUGUUGGUUGUUUUAAAUGCUUAGCCUUAUUUAUACAUGAUUCCCAGAAAUCGACGUCUACACUUCGCUACCACAUAAGAACCUGUUCUCGACCCAAAGAACGCAAGAAAAGGACCACCCCCAAUAUAAUAUUUUUUCCAAAUAAUAAAAAAGGCAUAAAACUGCCUACAGCUGCUUUUAAUGAAAGUGAUGCCAUACCUGCACAUGAAAAAUUGUUGAACUGUGCUCUCAGCACCGAGAGCUCUUUAAGCAUGAUUCAAGAGCCAGAAUUUCGCAAGAUACUAGAUAUGUGUAUCAAGAUUGGUCAAACCUACGGAGAUGUUAAUAUCGAUAGUUUAUUAUGUGCCACUCCGACAUUGACUAGCUUUAUAUUAAAUGACCUUUAUGUUACAUCCGUUAAUGAGUUCUACACAGAGUUUCAGCAUUCCUAUGGUGCCACUUACAGGUUAAGCGUGUGGAUAGAUGAGCAGGUGAAAUUUCCUUUUGUGAGUGUUCAUUGUAGCUACGUCAAUUCUGGGGGUGCGCUUAAGAAUGUAAUUAUUCAUACAGACGAUUUCGAUUACGAUGCAAAAACUCCGGAGGCUGUUCGGACGUGGCUGAAUUUGUUCCUCGCUGACCAACCUGUUGUGCCAUUCAAGCGAUUAAUUGCCAUUGACAAUGAAUCCAAUCUUGUGCCAGUUUUUAAAGAAGAAACGUGUGUCAAGUGCUGCAUACAGAACCUGACAAAAAGUCUUCAGCAGACUGCCAGUAAAGGAUUUGCCAUGACGGACAGUGAACUUCCUGAUUUCACAAAUCUGCUGAGCAGCUGCAUCGAUCUUGUCAGUUACUUUCAGCAAAUUUCUGACCAGUACGAGCUUCCAGAAGAGUUAAUAAAAUGCCCCGACAACAAAUGGACUUCCCUUUUAGCCUUGUUCCGAUCUAUCGAAGAACAGUACGAUUGCAUUCUCAGCAUUUUGAACGAUACUAGUUCUACACACUUGUUGUCCGUUGAAAAGUCUACAAUCACAUCCAUUGUGAAGUUCUUUAAUCUUUUUGAAGAUGCAAUAUUGCAUUUGUCAUAUCAAAAUAAACCAACUAUCAACUUAGUUAUUCCUUGGAUUUCCAAGUUGCAAAAACACUGCUCCUUGGACAACGACGAUUCGUCGGUCCUAAAACAACUGAAGAGUAACAUGCUUCUCGAAAUGGCCGAAGUCACCAGCAACUUGGUGGUGGAGCAUCACAUUGCAGCGGUGCUGGAUCCUCGGUUUAAAUCAAUGAAUUUCGGUUUUCCGACUCAGUACAAAGAGGCAAACGCAAAGCUGAGAAAUCUUAUCAAAGAAUGUAUGGAAUCGCCAAACGUAGAGGAUUUGGUGGAUGUUCGAAGACCCUACUCCGAAUCGGAUUAUUUGCCCUCUGGGAAAUUGUAUGAUCCAAACAGAUGCGAAAAAGCGGCGACACAAGAACUCGAGAAAUAUCUUUCUGAGCCAUUCCAGCUGCUCGGCUUGGAAGACGAAAGUCGGUUUGAUGUGUUGAAGUACUGGAAAACACAUUCUGAGCAAUAUCCGGACUUGUGUAAAAUAGCUCAAUGGAUAUUAUCAUGUCCUGCCAGCUGUGUUGAGGACAAUGAGAUUUUCUGGAGCAACAAUUGGCAAGUCCACUGUCCUCGCCUACCUCUUCCGCCUGACAAUGUAAACAAAGUUUUGUUUGUAAAAUCUUUUCGUGGUUUGUAAAAUGUCGAACCUGUUUGUUUAGUCUGGAACAUUGUGUAUAUUAACUUACUGAAUUUGACUUGAUAUCAUGUCUGCCAGGAGGAUAAAGAUGUUUCCUGCAACAACUCUCUCUCUUCCACGCGACUAUAUAAACAUAGUUUUUUGAUGAAGCUUUUGUGGUUUGUAAAAUGUUAUGCCGUUAAGUUUUAUUAUUUGUAUCGACAUAAAAUAUGAUCUUAACUCUGACUUUGUUUGAACAGACUGAUAUGCAACACACUUCUAACUAUGUGAGGUGUAAUCAUAAAAAGGAUUUGUAUACACUCCUUAACUGAAACAUCAGAUAUGUAAACUUUAUCAGGAUUAUAACUCUGAUUAAGAGUCAGAAUGGACUGAUUGUGCUAAUUUAUUUAUAAGUGAUAAAUUACCUGAAGUAUCAAUUAUGUUAACUUAGUCAUUUGUUACUUGGAGUUAUUUUAUAUAAACAGGGAGCCACAAAAGUUAAUAUGCAUGUGCCGUGUGUUACUACAACUUCAUUUUUUUAAAAAUAUAUAUUUCCAAAUUUUUGAAAUACUGUAAAAGUCUGUUUAAGUUUAUAUAAAACUUUCUGAAAUUAUAUAACUUAACUGUAAAAGUUUGGCCAGGUUAUAUUAUGUGGUAAAAAGUUCAUUGUUAAUUCUUUUUUUUAAUAAAAUAGCAGUAAUAAGUAUUUUUUUAUAAAGAAUAAAUUAUUUAAAUAAGAUUAUUUUCAUGCAAAACAGAAUCCACCCUAUAUGUGAUGUCUAACAUAUGCUUACUAGCUUUCAAAGUUGGCAAUUCUGCUAUGUAAUUGGAAAAACAUUGCUAGGGCAUGAUGAGAGACUUAUACUCGCAUCCCUCGGGGAUGAUUCCCAGACACUCACCAAUAGCCCAUUGUGCAGAUCUAGUGCAACAUAAUUAAAGUACCUACCUGUACUAGCGUUCCCCCCCUUCAAUUGCAUAGCAGUAUUGUCGAACAAAGAAUACCAGUGAACUGAGAAGAUAUCACCCCUUUUAUACCUUAUUAACUAUGUUACUGACUGGGUCUUGGCUUUUAAGACUUACACAGUGACUCCCACUGUGGCUAAAAAAUAUGGAAUAUAUUCAACUGGCUAAUUCCCUGGCUAAUCAACUGGCACAAUCACUGUCAGAAGACAUCAACUGGCUUGCCCAAAUGUUUUUUAUUUUUUUAAAUUCAAGUUUAUGAAUUUUAGAUCCAAAAAUUACUAUCAAGAAAAUUAUUCAAAGUGUGGUUGGAUGAAUAGAAGUUUUUCCAGGAUUUAAAAAUCAGAAAAACUUGAUUUGUGCAAAGAUACCAGAAUAUCUCUGUGAAAUGCUCUCAGAAUCAGUUUUUCUAAUAUUUCUUUUACUUACAUAGAUAGUA